AGCCACGUGGUCCUGAAAUAAAUAAAUGGAAGAUUCUGCAGGCAAGUUGAGGAGCUUGGAGUGUGAAUUAGGACUGCUAAAGAGAGCCGAUGGCUCUGCCAGACUGUCUCAAGGCAAUACAAGAGUCCUGUGUGCAGUGUAUGGCCCAGCAGAAGUUAAAAUCAACAAGGAGCAGUGUGAUCAAGCUACACUAGAGGUGACUGUCAAGCCAGAGAGUGGUAUGUCCUCUCCAAAAGAGCGGUUGCUAGAAGAGCUGGUGACCAGUUGCUGUAAGAGCACGGCCCUGUCUCAGCUCCACCCACACACAGCACUCUCAAUCACACUACAAGUUGAAAACAAUGAUGGAAUGUUACUCUCCACAUUGGUCAAUUGUUGCUGUCUUGCUCUACUAGAUGCAUGCGUUCCCCUCUCCACUGUAUUCUCAGCUAUUACGUGUGGAUACACUGAAAAUGGCCAACUUGUAACUGAUCUUAGUGCACAGCAAGAGGAGGUUUGUGAGUCGGUCCUAACCUUUGUGUUGGAAGACGCUACAAGUAACAUACUCACCACCUAUGCUAAAGGAGCAUUCUCAAUUGACCAGCUCCAGCAGUCUCUGGCUGUAGCUGAAGAAGCCAGUAAAAAGGUUACAGCUUUUUAUAGAGAGUCAGUUGAACGAAAGCUUUCUAAGGAUGCUGAACAUUGAAAAUAUUGCUGUUCACACCACCCAAAGAGCCAUAAACAUUGCUAAACAUUGUCCAAUUUCUUUUUAAUUUUAUGUGCAAAUCACAAUAAUUAAUGUUCAUGCAUAAAUAUUUAUUAUACUC